AUGGACGUCGACGAGUUUUCCGAUGGCGGCUUCGAUGACCUCCCCGAUAAUGCCCUCCAAGAACUCGAGCGAAAUGCCAUCCAGCUGACCCAGGCCCAGAUAAGGCCGCCACCAUCCCAGGAUCCGCCACAGAGGCUCUCUGACUAUGGCUGGGAGGAGGAAGACGAUGAUUUGGACAAUACCGAAGUCAUCGACCAUGUCGGUGCUCCCAUUGGUCGACCAGUCAUCAACAAUUCCCUGCAGCAGAUGCAACGCCAGCAGCCACGAGAGCAUCACCACCAACAACCCGCAGAUGCUGGCUCACAGGCCACGCGUCGACCGGUACCUCCUCUACCAAACCCAAGAUGGAAUCCGGCUGUAGACCCGCCUUCCCGGCUCGCUUCCGACGCAGCAUCUCUUCACCAUCCGCCAAACGCCAGGCCGCCCCGUGCUCCCCCGUCCGGCUCCCAACUGUUCCAGCCACGGCUUCCGACACAGGCCAGUCAACAUGCCCGGCCGCCGCUGCCGCCAAACCGCCUUUUCGAGUCCCAGGCGCCGCAAGCUGGGAAGUCCGGGGACAUUGUGUCCGCUCUUCAACAGCGGGUGCGUGCACUUGAAUCCGAGCUCCACUCGGCUCGUGGCGAAGCUUCCAUCAUUCGCGCCAACGCCAGCAAGGCGCGGCACGAUUAUGAAUCCCAUGUGGCACGGCUCAAGAAGAUCAAUACCGAGCAGCUGGAAAAGCAGGCCAGAAUUGCCGAGGCAGCGGUGGCGGCGGAGAAGAGCGCCAGUACUGAACUGCAGUUCUUGCAACGAGAUAUACGAGAGGUUAAUGACCGGGCGAGGAGGAAGGACAAUACCGCUGCAGGGGUGCUCGACUCGACGCCGAAACGAGCAGCCAAGUCGUGGGGGAUUGCUGAUGGUUUUGAUGGCCUGGACAUGGCCGUAAGCCCGACCAAGGGUCAGGGACGAGGCAAGGCCGGUUCCGUUGCCGCCAACGUCGGUGAGCGGACACCCAGCAAGGGCAAAAGGAAGCGCCCAGUCGUGGACAGUCCCAUGGCCGCCCUCGAAACGUCUACCCAGGACAUUGUGAUGGAUGGCGGCGGCAGGCACGAAGCAAAGCUUUCGCCCCCGAUUGUGGUGGCAGCCCCGGCGGCGCCGUUUGAAUUUCUUCAGCUCGUGCUAGACCACGGGUCAUUUCACCGACAGCCCCCCACGUUUGACACAUUGUCUCGGCUCACGUUCCCCUCUGAUCCGGCCACCUCGCUCGCCUCAAUGAUUUUUGAGAAGCUGCCCUUGAUGGGAAACCCACACCGCCCCAUGCAGCUUCUUGUUGACUUUGCCGAACAUGUCGUGUCCCUUUGGGCGCGUUGUGUGGAGGAGCAGUUUUGGGAACCUGUAAAAUAUCUCGCGUCUCUCAUCUCCUUCACGUUCGAUCUUCACACGUCGUCCGUGGCGCCUUUGAUCGUGCCCAGCCUGGUGCCCGUCGCGCAAUCCACCAUUGUGACGCUGGCCGACCUGAGACGACGGCUUCCCGACAGCAGUCUGUCUCGUAGCGCGGAGCACGGGUUUUUGGAGGAGCACAUUGACACCAAGCGGCUGCUGGGGCUCCUGUACACGUCGGCAUUGUCGUGCUCAAUGACGCCUACCGAAACAGAGAGUGGCUUCGCGUACACUUCAGUUGGUUUCUGGAAGUUGAUGUCCCUCGACAUGGUCCUGUUGCUCCUGACGCCGAGGCAGAAGCCGGGCGAUGUGACGGGGAUGCUCGAGCUGCUUUCUACGUCGGUGCUGCCGACGUCCAUCGGACCCGUCAGCGCCGAGGCAGAGCCGCCCGUCAUCGCAAGGGCCAUGAUCGAGCGGGUGUCUGCCAAGCUGACUGAGCAGCCUCGGGGCUCUACGACGCAGAAACAGAGACGGUCGGUCAGGCUGGCGGCACUGCGGACCCUGAUAGCCUUUUCAUUGUCUCCCCUUGGAGCCCAGCAGUUGGCUGUUCACGAGAACGCCAUUCCUCGGCUCGUCGCGUGUCUAAGCGCCGCCAUUGACGAGCUCUACGACCAGCCGAUUCCGCCGAGUAUCCUCCCGCCGCUUCCAGACGCUCUCAAGGAAUCGCUGAAGCUGCCCGAAUCGACGGCGUCAGCGGACCUGUAUCGCAUGAUUUCUCAGAGCGUCCUCCUCCUGCACAGACUGAUUACGGGUGCCGAGACCGCGAACGUGGUAGACGUCGGCCAGAAGCUGUCGGCGUCUCACGGCGGCAGCCAGCGCUACCUCCUGGCGUUGGGUCGCCUGGCGUUUGCGGAGGAGGACCUGGUCAUCGAGGCCGGGAUAGAAGGGGAGGUGGUGGAGGCGGCUCACGAGUUGCUCGAGAUGGCCGUGACGCCCGACGAGGGGGAGACUGUGAGCGAGGCGUUUGGGGCCUAG